AAUCGUCUACGUCCUAAAGCCCUAGCUCCACCCUGGUGGGAAUACUUCCAUUUUCGUUUAAUCCAAGUCUUGGUAGACAGUGAAACCAAUCUUACUUUGGCGCCAUUUUCGAAUACACAUUUCCAAAUUCCCAUUUCAACUACUCCUGUGAAUCAGAAUCAGAACCAGAAUCAGAAUCCGUCAAAAUAUGUGAUCGCCUUUCGAGACACAAUUGCGCAAAAAGAUAGCAGAUCACAGGACUACAAAUUGGACCUUCGAGUCAUUCGCAAUAGUCUUCACACUAGCUCCCGUUUCCAUAUUGCCGUUCAAGCUGUACAAAGCAUUGUUCACAAUUACGGCCCCUCAGAUAUUUGGCUAGCUGGUCAUUCAUUAGGUUCUGCAAUUGCAUUAACAAUUGAAAGGGAUAUGGUAAUUAAAAUGGGCAUUCAUCUCGAAACAUAUUUGUUUAAUCCACCAUUUGCAUCUCUUCCAAUAGAGAAAAUCAAGAACGAGAAAUUGAAGCAUGGAAUUCGCUUUGCUCAUAGUGUAGUCAAAGCUGGACUUGCUGCUGCCGUCAAAAGUCAGAGGCCAGAGUCUCCACAUAAAAGUGAUCACUUUACUAUAUUAUCUGAAUGGGUUCCUUAUUUGUUUGUAAAUCCAUCAGAUCCUAUUUGCUCGGAAUAUGUUGGAUAUUUCCAACAUCGGGAAAAGAUGGUUGCCAUUGGCGCUGAGGAAAUUGAACGAAUUGCGACACAGAAUUCAAUAAGAAGUAUUAUCUCGACUGCUAUAGGAAACGAUUCGGAACCGUCGCACCUACUUCCUUCGGCUUUUGUUACUGUUAAUUCGAGUCCUUCUCCAGAUUUCAAGCGAGCUCAUGGAAUCGACCAAUGGUGGAAACCUGAUUUGCAGUGCAACUUUAAGCUUUACCAGUUUUGAUAAGAUUUUGUUUACCCGAAAAAAUUGGAUAGAGUUAAAUUUGUGUAUGAUUCUAAGUAUAUGUGAUAUAAUUCGAUACAAAUCAUAUAGAGAAAUAGAAAUACGUGUAUUCUUGACUAUGAGAAUGAGAAUAGUGAGCAAGAAGAACGAAUAAGAUAAAGUGAAAUAAACAUA